GGCCAGCUGAUUUAAGUUGCUCUGCUUGUUCAAAGUUCAGUCCGCUUGCUGCAGAUUAGUAAGCAGUGGGUAGUUUUACAGAAGUGUCCACACAGCAGGCGUUAGUCAUGUCUUAGCAGGCCUCUGCUUGUCUUUUUCUCCUGACAUGGAAACAGAGAAAGACCACAUUUGAGCUUAAGCAAUAACAAUCCAGGUGACAGUUUCCUCACUGAGCCAAGAAACUCCAGGAUGGCUCUCACACAACUACAGGACCAGACUGUGAAAGGGGAGAGGAUCAAUAAGGAAACUGGGGAGCUGAGUGCUUCAGGGGAGUUAUCUAUCUCUGUGGAGGUGAAGAAGCAGAAAGUGGAGAGCUCUUGCAGGAACAUUCAACUCUCACAGGAGCUGAAAGAACAGAUACAGGAACUUGGAAUCCACUCAUGCACAGACCACAGACCUGAUAUUCCUAUAGAGCAGAGGGAGAAGCAUCUAGUUAAAGUCUUACCUAUCUACAUACAGGCCUGUGAGGAUGGUGGCAGACUUGAAGGUUUGGAUGUAAAGGGGCUUGCAGCUCUCACUGCAGACACUGUCAUCUUUAACAUCCACAGCAGACUGGCAGAAAGACCAGCAGAGGCGGCACGUGAAGAAGUGGUGCAGUUCUUUCAGAGGCUGGAUGAGGACAGAAAGUGUGAAAUAGGAGAAAGUCCAGGGUGGCUGCUGUUAAAGUCACUUCUGCUGCUGACAGCUGAUACAUCCGAUAUAUUGUUGUGUAUAAAUCCAGGUCUCCCUGUGGCUUUGGUGAAAUGUCUAUACCUGCUCGUGUGCCUUCCAGCUAAACAGGAGAACACAGCCAUAGAAGAGACCUUUCAGGAGCCACUAACACAGGUUCUCCUCCAGCUCUGUCGGCAGCCAGUCAAUGUGGAGAGGCUGGUGGAAACUCAGGAGUUACAGUGUCUCAUUAUCGGCCUCACGUCAUUAUGGGAUCAGACCAGCGCCUCCUGGAGACACCAGGCCUCCCGCGUUUUAAAGGCAGUGUCCGCUGUAGCAACAAGCAACACUGUCCCGAGCUUGCUAGGCAAGAAUUGUGUGCGUAUCUGCAUCCAGAACCUGUUGCACAUCCGCACAGACGUCUCAGGACUGCUGCUUGCUGAAGUGGCCGUGGCCGUGUUCAGCUUCAUUAGAGACACCUAUCCCCUCAAUGCAGCCCUCUUUGUGGAGUUUGACACCAACAGUGGCUACCGGGCCCUUGAGAACAUCCUAAAACGCUGUGAGGAAUGUGUGUCCGUGGACCAUUUCCAGCCUGUGGAGGAGUUACUGGCUCUCAUUGCAUCGUUUACUCUACUUGGAAAAACUGAACUUAAAGUGGCUCUUUGUGUCACCAACCCACAGCCUCCAAGCUUCAAGUUUGAUCCACCACUCACCAAAGGCUCAGCAGUAAAGAACCUGCAGGCCUUCCACUUGCUGCAGGCCUCCUUGCUGCGUUCCCAAGAUUCUCUGCUGUGCUGCCAGCUCCUUCGCACCCUGCAGAUAAUAUGGGAGAGCGAUCCUGCCAAUUUCUUCCUCCUGGAGUGGACCGUCCAGUCAAUGGCCCAGGUGGCUGCCUGCGUGUGGAAUAAACCAGCGCCUGUCCAAGAACUUUUCUUUUCUCAGCUAGAGAUGGUCGUAUUUAAGCUGAAUUACAUCCCUCAUGAGACCUUACGUGCAGUACUGGGUGUGCUGAAACAGAUUUGGGCUGGGACACUGGCUGGAGGACUGGUGGGGAUAAAUUUUGGAGUGUUGGCUCUUAAAUGUUUUCACAGGAUGACAGUACACAGUGGUAUGCUAGCUGAGGUGUUGAGUGAUUGGCGUCUUCUGGAGAUGCUGCUCGGAGAACUGCGUAGAAGAGCUAAAAUCCUCAGGAAGGCUGGAGUUGUCUCUUCCUCUCAAAUAAAGUCCGAGCACCAGCCAUGUGUGGAAGACAGUGAUCAUUUGCUCACUGCCUGUAUGCUUAAAGUUGUGUCAAGCCUUACUUUGCGUUCCAUUAAAAACACAGUUUCAGUGCGAGACCUUGGUAUGGUUCCCUACAUAAAGAUCUUCUUGGAUGAGGAUCAGUACAGGGGUCCCACACUGAGCAUUCUGGAGCAACUCGCUGAGAUUAACCCUGAAGAGUUCAUGAGUACAGCCAUAGGUGCAAUCUGCUCCUCAACACAGCAGGAACUUGGGUUGAAGUGGGACCUCUUGCAGUCUGUGCGGAAGGUACUGGACAGUCCCAACAGCUGGGAUGCCUUCAGGAGAGCAGGAGGCUUCACUGGACUACUGUCUCUGGUGAUCGACAUGGAAGGAGCCCUGUCUGACCCUCCACAGAGAGAACUGUGGAAGUCGAUUGAACAUCAACAGCUGCUGGACCUCCUCCUCCUCGCUCUUCACACCUUGUCCUUGGCUGUGCAUCUCCACGCAGUAAAUGCACAUUAUUUCGAGACUGGUGGCUUUUAUGAAAGGCUGGCAGAUGCUCUGCUCCAGCUCGGCUGCUUUGAUAGCAACAGCCCGGAGAAAGAGAAAUGGGAUAGGGAGCAGGACUCCUGUCCUAACACUUCAGUGGACAACCAGGCUCCUGGAAAGAGCUUCCAUCAGUAUGUUGACUUAGCAGAGGCCAGUGAAUCUCCCUCCUCCUCACCUGAGCACUGUCUGCCUGUCACUCUUCGGACAUGUAUCAAAUUGCUCUCCUUUCUUGACCAGUUUGCGUCAGGUGCUUGCCCUCAUCAGGAGUUAAACUUGGUACUAGAGCUUGAGGAUGGGUAUGGACCAGAUAAAGACAAAUUGAAUGGAACUGUAAAACAUGAAGGCGUAUUUUCAGGGUCCCCUCCUGUCCACCUAGGAUCAGCCUCACAGACAGUGCUGGACACACAGGGAGGAUCCAGAAGUACAGCACCUAGUAUUUCUACAGUCUACAGAGAAUCUCAGAACAGGUUCUCAUGCAAUCAUGUUAUUCUUCAUCCAGGAGCAAUCCGAGUUGUAAUGACUCUCCUCCCAACAUUGUUUACACCCAAGGACCCACAGCUCUCUAUGGAGGUUCAGUUCUCGCUGGCACACCAUGUCCAGGCUAUGGUCAAAACUGAGCAAAACCGGCAGAUAAUGUGUGAGGGAGGGCUGGUGUCCACACUUUUGUCCCACUGUCGUCACAUGUUGCUGACUCCAAAGCACCCAUUACAUCUACCUAUUACACGAAUCUUAGAAAAGCUCUCCUCUCAGGCCAUCACACAUUCAGACUUCAGAAAGUUCCUGUGUUUACAUGACCCUCUAAUGUGCUUGACAGACCAAACACAAUUGCUGUCCCGUCCAGCUCCUGCAUCAAAUGCAGGUCACUGCAGGACGGCAGAAGCCUCAGUGGGAACAGCAGUGAAGACAUUGAAGCGGACAUUCAGCUUGUUACAGUCCUCUUCUUGUCCGGCAAUCCCUGUCCAUCAGAUCAUUAGUCUGGUAUCAAUGACAUCACCACGCACCUUCAGGCCACACCGAGUCUCCUCCUCACCUGCCUUUGUGGAGUUUGACAUGAGUGAGAGUGGAUAUGGUUGCCUUUUCCUGCCUUCCUUGGCUACAGUGAAAGGAGUGACUGCGGAUUCGAUAUCAACUGGUGGAAUUGGACGAGAUUGCCGGGGAUUUCCCCCAACAGCUGGUCUCUCAUUUUCCUGCUGGUUCCAGAUCAACAGGUUCAGUUCGGCCUGUGAUUCACACCCCAUCCGUCUCUUGUCAGUGGUUCGACACAUGUCCCGCACCGAACAACAGUACAUCUGCCUUUCAAUCUCCUUCUCAGCCCAUGAUGGCUGUCUGGUCAUUUCCACGGAGGAGGAAGCAUUUACGUACCUGGAUAUGAUGGAGCCAGAAGUAUGCACUCCCACUUCUUUGACUUCAUCUCUGAGAUUUCGCUGCUCAAGCAUGCUGGUCCCAGGUCAGUGGCACCAUCUGGCUGUGGUCAUGGCUAAAGACGUGAAGAAGAGCUGUCUGACCUCAGCCUACUUCAACGGCAAGGUGUUCGGGACAGGCAAGAUGAGAUAUAUUCAGCCAUUUCCUGGUCAGUAUGUCUCCAUGGACCCCACAGCUGUGAUCGAUGUGUAUGGACUGAUAGGAACACCGGCUCUCUGGAAGGAGCAUGCUGCUCUAGUGUGGCGAGUGGGUCCAGCUUACCUUUUUGAAGAGCCUCUGAGUCCUGAGGCAGUGGGUCUCAUAUACACACAAGGCACUGCCUACCAAGGCAACUUCCUGGCUCUGCGCAACAUAGAUGCUGAAUCUCCCCCACUCAGGCUUGUUCCAGAGGAGAGGAUCUCAUUUGGCAUCAACCCAGCAAUUUCUACAUUAACGACUGUUGUGCAGAUACGAGAGGAUUACAAUCAAGUGGACUGCAGACUGAUUGCUAAAGAGAUGGGGAUAACGUCUCGUGAUCACUCUACACCUGUGUUCCUUGCAAGAAACAUCAGUCAGCACUUGAGUGGUACAGCUCGCACCAUAGGAGCAGCGCUCAUUGGACAUUUUGGUGUGCGUACAUUCACUCCCUGCAGUGCAUCCAAUGAUUUCCUGUAUGUUGGUGGACCUGCAGUUGUUCUCAGUCUAGUUGCAAUGGCUCCAGAUGACAGCUCUUUGUAUGCAGCUGUUAAAGUUCUUCUCUCCGUGUUGGAGACCAACUCUGCCAUGCAAGAGGAAAUGGACCGCAUCAAUGGAUACAAGCUACUAGCUUUCCUGCUGAAGAUGAAGAAAAGUCUGAUCAGCAACAGAACUCUUCAGCUGGUUCUGUAUCUCUCCAGUUCUGUGGAGCUGAACACCGGGUCUGGUUGCUUACAAAACAUACCUGCUUUCCAAGCUCUGCUGUGUGACCUAGAGGUGUGGCAGAACACACCAGAUAAUCUGGACCUUUCAGUUUUGAACCACUUCACGGACAUUCUGAAAACCUCAAGUGAUGGCAGGAAUGCAGAAUUCAUGCAUACCAUUGGCCUGCUACCAAAGCUGCUCUUCCAGCUCUCUGAUUCCACAGUUACCUUUCGGAAAGUGAAGAUGAUUUCCUGUGUCAUCACUUCCCUCCUUAAAGCUCACUUCACUCCUCUGGACUUGAGCAGACUUGGGCUCUUUCUGGUCUCCACACUCCCUCCUCUUAGUAGCAUGGCUGAGGAGAUAUCUGAUGGUGACGUUUCACACGAUACACCAGCUCAGAGUGCCAGUCCAGUCCACCUCAUCUGCAUCCGCAACCAGCUGUUACUAUCGCUCUUCGAAAUCCUCAGCUCAGACAGCCUUCUAACCAAAGAUCAGCAGAAGUCAGCGUUCGAUGCCCUGGGCAGUGAUUGGUUCCUGCUCUUCCUUCAGCCCCACCUUCAUCCUUCUACUGUGAAACUGGGUCUCUUACUGCUCACGCAUUUCCUGUCCAAUCCGCUCCAGCAGAGCAGAUUCAGAGAAGUCACGCUCCCAGGAACACUCAUUGACGGCAUGGAAGAAGCUGUUGCUGUCAUUGACAACCUCCAAGCUCAUUCUUGGUCAUAUGAGUGUCCCAGCGCCAAGUGUCGAGGCUUUGAUGUUCUGCGGGAGCUGCUGAUCAGACACUCUCAGCUGCCUCAAGUGUAUGAAGCUCUGGCUACUUUGCUGCUGGGGGAAAAUACCAGUCACACUGCAGAUGAAAAGGUGCCUUUGGAUGAUUUUCUACAGUCCCUGAUUGACAAGCAAGGAGACACUCCUUCUCAGCAUCUCUGUGUUGAAACUGCUACAAUACUUCUGGAGUUAGUCAAAGUCAUCAUAACUAAGUCUGCUCCUCCAACAAAGCACAUGUCUGACAGUGAAGCAUUGUGGGAGUCACAGCUUCCAGCAAGUGUGAUGCAGUUCCUAUGUCUUCUCCAUAGUCGUCAGCCAAGAGACCCACUGUGGGCAUCACCAGAAUUCCUCCAUGCACUUGCUGGAGUUGUGUUCCCUCUGGACACUUCAGAGAGUGUUGGUGAGCCUUGUGUUACGAGUAAUGAUGAGGAAACAGUCAAGAGUUUUCAAACCAGGAAGCCAGUAUGUGACUUCAUCCGGAUACUGCUAAUGGACAGCCUUCUUAAUGUUUCUGCUAACAGCAGCACAUGUCCUCUGGUUCUCCUGCUUGAGUUUUCCCCUGAUGACGCUUUGCUGGAGCAGAGGCAGAUUUUCCACACUGAGCUGCUGGAGUUGAUAAUGGACAUUAUCCAGAUGCUCAGCUACGAGGAAGGAAACAACACUCAUCUCAGCUCACAAGACUCAAAUCAGAGGCCUGAAGGACAGAUGGGCAUGCUGAUGGAGAAUGUGGUUCUCUUUUGUAAGACUCUGCUGCAGAAACUUUACAGUGGAACAUUCUUGGGAGACUCUGAGAAUUUGCUCAACUUCCUUGCUGAUCAGAUUGUGGUGGCUCUGGAGAAAGGCCAAACUCAGAAGGAGAGGACAGUGUCAGCCCUCUACUCGUGCACCAAUGAAGUCCUGCUAUAUUUCUUGUCUCAACCACGGCAGUUGGAAGAAGAAAAGCUAAGGGUCAUUAGGGUGUUACAGACGCUCAUGGAACGCUGGGAUGUUGUCAUGGCAACUUACAAUGCAAACGUGAGCUUCGUCACGUGCCUUCUUCAUUGUCUGUUAUUGAUACGAUCUGGCAGCUACCUUGAAGGUUUUGGAUGUCUGGUGCAAAAAGUACACAAGAGAAAGGCUUCAACCCACCUGUUUGCUCGCAAAUCCAAACAUCUUGCACGCCUCAGUAACAGACGAAAAACGACCACAGAUCACGGAGAACUAGUGUCUUUGGUGGAGGCCUGCUGGUCAAAGGUCUUGGUGGAGAGACAACACUCACUCGAAGAAACCUAUAAGUUAGAGAUCUCGGCAACAAACAGGACAGCGAUGGGGUCAGUCAGCAUGAAAGAUAUCAGCCCUCUCUGGGAGGAGACGGCGCUCAAAGCGUGGCUGCUGCACACAGAGGGUCAGAGGAAGAGGGUGGCCAGCAGCCCUCAGAAGAAGAUCAGCAGUGUUGUUCGCUCAGCUUUGAGCAAACCAAGCAAAGAGUCACUCACAGUAAAGGAGUUUCUGUCCUGCAUGGAGUCACAUCAACACAGAGGCCACAUCUUGUUUGAGAAAAUGAGAACAAACUACUUACAGUUACAAGCCACCGAGUGGGAGCGAGUCAGCUCCAAGUGGCUGCGUGUGGAAGCAGAGUUGCUGAGGGAGAGAGCUUUGUUCGGCCCUGGACCAGGAGUGCUGCUGAGCCGAGACUGGGUGCAAGAAGCUGCUGAAGGACCCAACCGGACCAGGUUACGCAUCCGCAGAAAGGCCUUAAGACGAUCCAGACAGGUACUAGGAAAAUUGUGUCUGGGUUUGAGGACUGGCACAUCAGAGGAGAACAACAAUAAAACAGAUGGUGACACAGAGCCCAAGAUCCUGUUGGAAGUUGGCACUGAAGCAAAAGAGGAUGAAGAGGAGGGAGGAAAGGACUGUCUGACCUUCUUUCCUGUUUUAAACGAAACACCUGCUUUAACUGAGAGUCCACCUGGCUCUAUGACCCCCAUACCCUGCUCCCAACGACAAGACUGCCCCGACAUACGCAUAAUCCUGCAGGAAUUGCACCCUGGAGAAGAGGUAAAGGCAAAGAUGUGUGUAGUGAUGGUGAGUGGCCUCGGAGUGACAGAGGGGGUGCUGCUGUUUGGAAAAGAAAGCCUGUUCUUGUGUGAAGGGUUCACUCUCAGUCCAAGUGGAGACAUUUGCUGCAGGAAACACCAACCCAGCAGUGUGAAGGAGUCCUUCAUCUCCACCAUGCUGAGUAAAGAGCUGCCAUCAGCCAGCUGUAGACGCUGGCUAUAUGAUGAUAUCAAGGAGGCGCGCUUCAUGCGUUUCCUUUUGGAGGACAAUGCUAUCGAGGUUUUUAUGAAGAGCGGACACUCAGCCUUCCUGGUAUUCCUGAAUAAAGACCAUGUCUCUGCAUAUAAAAGGCUGUGCACAGUAGUGUCAGCAUUAAAAGGCAGAGGGACUGCUGAGAUUAUCGCUAAUGCCAGAAAGACUCCAGUGGUUGAAAAGGCAGCUCUUGUUAAAUGGCAGAAAGGGGAAAUAAGUAACUUUGAGUACUUGAUGCAUCUGAACACCAUCGCGGGGAGGACAUACAAUGACCUGAUGCAGUAUCCAGUGUUCCCCUGGGUCUUAGCUGACUACCAGUCAGAGACUCUCGAUCUGUCAAAUCCUGCAACGUUUCGGGAUCUGUCUAAACCGAUGGGAGCUCAGACGGAGAAAAGGAAACAGAGGUUCAUCCAGAGAUACGAAGAGGUGGAGAACAGCGAGUGUGAAGGAGAUAUGUCAGCACAAUGCCACUACUGCACCCACUACUCCUCAGCCAUCAUCGUGGCCUCCUUCCUUGUCAGAAUAGAGCCGUUUUCACAGACUUUUCAGGCUCUGCAGGGAGGCUUUGAUAUCGCAGAGCGGAUGUUUUACAGCGUGAAGAAGGAGUGGGAGUCGGCCUCCAGAGACAACAUGGGGGAUGUCAGAGAACUGAUCCCAGAGUUCUUCUACCUGCCUGACUUCCUGCUCAACUCUAACAACAUCCAGCUAGGCUGCAUGGAGGAUGGUACUGCUCUGGGAGAUGUGGAGCUGCCUCUAUGGGCGAAAGGUGACCCUCAGGAGUUCAUUAGAAUCCAUCGAGAGGCCUUGGAAAGUGACUAUGUGAGUUCCCACCUCCACCAGUGGAUCGACCUCAUUUUUGGGUUUCGGCAACAAGGUCCAGCUGCCGUUGAAAGCGUCAACACUUUCCAUCCUUACUUCUACAUCCAGAGAGGCCGACAGAAUCCUAAAGAUCCCCUCAUAAGGAGCACAAUAUUGGGAUACGUCAGCAACUUUGGCCAAGUUCCCAAACAGCUUUUCACCAAAGCACAUCCACCUCGCUUCGGCUCUAAGAAAGACGGAUCAUCAACACCUCAUCCGACUCCAUUUUUCUUUAGACUGGACACACUGAAGACCACGACUCAGCCAUUCAGAGAGCUAUCGAGGGGCCCAGUAGGUCAAAUACUGUGUCUGGAAAAAGAGGUCUUGGUGCUGGAGAAGAGCCGUCUCCUCCUGUCGCCUCUGUCAACCUGCUUCUUCAGCUGGGGUUUCCCUGACAACAGCUGUGCCUUUGGAAACUAUGUCACAGAGAAGACCUUUGCGGUGUGUGAGAGUUUAUGUGACUGGGGCACGACGCUGUGCGCAGCCUGUCCUAACUCGAUGACCGUCAUCACUGCAGGAACCAGCACCGUGGUGUGUGUGUGGGAUGUAACAGUCAACAAGGAUAAACUCACACACAUGAAACUUAGACAGCCAUUAUACGGUCACACAGAUUCAGUGACGUGUCUGGCAGUGUCGGAGGUCCACAACAUGAUUGUGAGCGGCUCCCGUGACCUCACCUGUAUUCUGUGGGACAUGGAGGAGCUCAGCUAUAUCACCCAGUUAGCAGGUCACACAACCAGCGUCUCUGCACUGGCUAUCAAUGAACUCACUGGUGAGAUUGCGUCAUGUGCGGGACCUGUGCUCUACUUGUGGACCAUGAAGGGUCAGCUGCUGAGCUGCACUGACACUUCCCUUGAGCCUCGGACAGACAUCCUGUGUGUAAGCUUCAGUCAGCGUCAUGAAUGGGACUCGAGGAACGUCAUUGUUACUGGCUGUGCUGACGGCAUCAUACAGAUAUGGAAGACGGAGUACACCAGAACACAAUUACCUGGCCCUCCAGAAGAGCCUGUGUCCCCAGGGCAUGACCGAGUGGAGAGAGACGUGAGUGGCCUGCUCCCGGAUAAAGGCUGGAAAAGACAUCUGGUGUUGUGUCGAGAGCUAAACAGAAGUCGAACAGUGUCACAACGCCACUGCAAUAAAAAUCCAGCCAUCACAGCUCUGGCCAUGUCCAGGAGCCAUGCUACUUUGUUAGCAGGCGAUGCCUGGGGCAGAGUUUUCACCUGGACCUGUGAGUGAUAUGAAGCAACAUUUCUAUUGACCGUAUAUCCUGAAAGAGAGGGAGAGAGACGUGACACAGAGAAUUCAUCUUACAUCAGCUGAGAAUGAGAACUGCUGUAUAUUAGCUUCCCUGAAUUAUCCAAGCGGAACGUUACAAUAUUUUGUACAUCCACGUUUCAGACAUUGUAUUGUUUUUUUUGUGUGUAUAUACUGAAUUUUCACCCAUUUGAAUUAAAUUCUUGAUGGCCA